CCCCUCCUUCCCAAAACCGCCUGCGUACUUCCACCACCCGAAACCGGCGGCACCCACAACUCGAAGGAGGACGGUGGAAGCUAUUCCCAUCGGAGGGAGUGACGCCACGCGGGGUUGCUCGUACUUUCCUUUCGGCCGGUCAGGGAAGAGCAAAGGCGUAGUGCAAGCCCAUGAUGCAGCGAUUGCCGCCGCUUUCGGAGUAGUAAUGGAGCCAUAGGGUGUCUUCAUUCUCCUCGGUGAGAGCAUCAGUUACGAAAUCUAGCGAUCACCUGGUCUUGACUCGUAGGAUAUUGUAGAGAGAGAGAGAGAGAGAGAGAGAGAAUGGACGGAGGGAAUGGCAUGCCUGGGGGAUUGCUAGGCUUGGACAUGUCGCUCCAACCGCAUCAGCAGAUGCAUCAGCAACAAGGUAAUCACUCGCAGCAGCAACAGCAGCCGCUGAUUCAUCACCACCUCCAGCAGACACACCACAUGGUACCGUUCCAGGCGCCGAUGGCUAAGGACAGCGACCACCAGGGGCAGCACCCCGUCAGGCACGCCCAGUACGUACCGCCGCUUGGCCAUGUCAGAUCUGAGGAGGAGCCCCGGUACGGGGAGGAUGUCGAUGAGCAGGGGCGGCGCGGGGGAGUACCGUCGCAGCCGUCCUCGUCGGCCUCCCCGUGGCACCGGAUGAAGUGGACCGACGGCAUGGUGCGGCUCCUCAUCCAGGUGGUGUACCACGUGGGUGACGACGGCGGCGGGGCGGAGGGGGAGCAGCAGCAACCCCACGGCACGGUUGCCAAGGGCAAGAAGUCGGCGGCGGCCUCGGCCCCGGUGUCGGCGCUGUUGCAGAAGAAGGGGAAGUGGAAGUCGGUGUCGCGGGCGAUGAUGGAGAAGGGGUUCUACGUGUCGCCGCAGCAAUGCGAGGACAAGUUCAAUGACCUGAACAAGCGGUACAAGCGGGUGAACGACCUCCUGGGGAAGGGGACGGCCUGCCGGGUGGUGGAGAACCAAGCCCUCCUUGACACCAUGGACCUCUCGCCCAAGGCCAAGGACGAGGCCCGCAAGCUCCUAAAUUCCAAGCACCUCUUCUUCCGGGAGAUGUGCGCCUACCACAACGCGGGAGUCUCCUCCACCUGUGCCGCCGCACCCCCUCCGCAGAUUCCCCUGCCGGCACCGUCGGAUCAGCAGCAGCUCUGCUUCCACCACCCGCCUGGCCUGGUUGACACGGUACUGUUCACGACGAAGGCUGCUGUGGGUUGGAGAGGAGGCGGUGCCCCUGCCGCCGCCGAAGAUGAGGGAAAUGCAGAGGAAGUCGACGAUGACGACGAUGCAGACAGCGAGGACGAUGAUGACUAUGACGACGACGGGGAUGAAGACAACGACGACAUGGAAGGUCAAAAUCAUAAGCGCCACGGCGACCACCACCACCAACACAAGCACGAGGAGGCGGAGGAGGACGAGGACAGCAAGGGGUUCGUGUCAGGUCUCGCAGGUGGCAGGAAGGACAAGAGGACGGCGUCCCAGAUGUCGGCCUCUCCGCCGCUCUCGCUGACGCUGUCGUCGCCCUCCAGCUCCAUGCGGCAGCUGCAGUCCGAGCUGAUGGCCAUGUCCGGCGGAGGGGAGCUUCAGCAGCAGCAGCAGCAGCGGCAGUGGCUGAAGAGGAAGGCAGCGGAGCUGGAGGAGCAGCGCGUGGCGUACCAAUGCCGGGCCUUCCAACUAGAGCGCCAGCACUUCAAAUGGCUCCGCUUCAGCACCAGCAAGGAGCGCGAGAUGGAGCGCAUGAAGCUGGACAACGAACGCCUGUGCCUUGAGAACGACCGCAUGCUGCUGCUGCUCCGACAAAAGGAGCUCGAGCUUACACACGGAGGCAGUGGCGGCGGCGGAUCCUCCGCCGCCAUCCCCUCUGCCGAGCAGCAGCUGAUGCUUCAGAACACCAACACCAAUCAGAGGCGCCCUGCAGAGCAGCCCCACAUACCAAAUGCGGAUCAUGCUUCUACCACGGCUUAAAGAAGCUUUUCUUCUAUGUUUUCCCGACAAAGAUGAAGACAGCAGGGGAGAUUUCGAUGUGUGCGUGCGGUAGCGGGCAAUUGAAGUGUACAUCCAUCCAUGCCUCGAUGAUUCAUAUGGUCUUCUAUAACUCAAACACAAGCGGACAAGUGAAAACAGUAGGAUGUUCUUGUUCAUGUUUUAUCUGUAAUUUUUUUUCUCAUUUAAAGCAGUUUUU